CUUCUUUCCCCAAAGAAGUCCAUCACGUUCCUCGGCUCCUGCAGAUUGACCAUCCCUGAUCACGAUCAGCGGCCUGCACCAUCCAGUGCCCAACUACGAUUGAGGUUAUCGGCAAACUUAGUAAUACGCUCGCAGAUAAGCGCUCCAUCGGAAGGAGCAAUGUAACAAGUGUGAUCACGGUGUUCGUGGCAGAAGGGAACAACAUAGUUGGUCCUGGCUGGAUCUAUCCCCCACAGUCCGCCCAUGCCAUUCGAAACCGGGGACAGGCUUGCAGCUUGUAAUGUUCGACUGCGACCUGAAGUCGGCGGCAAAGGUAUUCGCCGAUUGGUGCUGCAUUGGGCACAGGGGCGAUGUACCCAGCGUAAUCCCAGUGCUCGUGAGGGAAGAGAACGUAGUCGAUGCUGGCUGGCUCUACCCUCCCAUCGGCAAGCCGCACGUCCUUCCACACCCUCGUACCAUAAAGCCCCCUAAACUCCUUCACUGCAUGCCAGUUCCAUCACACUCCAAGGUCAAACAGAAGCCGCUUGCCCGAGGGACCAUGGACGUUGUAGAAGCAAAAUGAGGGCUUGAGAUGUACAUAACGUGCGUGGUUGAUAGAGAUAGGGAGUGAUGUGUUCGUCGGGGACGGCAUGAGUUGGUGAACCAAUAAUAUGUCAAUCGUGAGGACCGCAGA